UGGAACUCAAACGAUUGAGACAUGUGGCAACCUUUGGGUGGAAAUGGACUCAGGAGGGGGAAGUGGGUUAGGGUGUGCAAGUGGGGAGGGGAUCAAACAGGAUGUCCUCAUAGCAUCAAAGAGGAAGGGUAAGACCGAGAGUGAUACAAUUCCACAAUGGAGAGACUAAAGCUAGGUUUGGGAAUCUUGAGAAACCAUCAUGGGUUUUCUACAUUUAAAUAAUAAAGAAAAGCAUCUGACCUGAAAACCUAGCCCAGUGUAAAGCUAAAUUUACCCAAUAACGGGUCAACUAGGAUUUUGCUACCUCUGGACAGACUGUGAGCUGCUUUCUGUCCUGUCUUUAUGUGUUCACCUUCCUACUAUAAAAAACACAUCCUAGAUCUCACCUGGGUACAUGGGAAAGAAAUAACAAAAUAAUUACAUAAUUUGAAACCAAUCCAAUUUUAUAUAUUUCAGGUGGAAUUUAUAUUGGAAUGUACUGUAUACUGUACAUAUAAAUUCCACCUGAAAUGGAUUAAUCUAAUAGUUACAAUAGCAUGAAGGGUUUUAGCUGCAUGGCAGGCACCUGACAUGCUGUCCUAGGAUAAAGGACCGCUCCACCAUAUGUCCAUCUGGACACACACACACACACACACACACACACACACACACACACACACACACACACACACACACACACACACACACACACACACACACACACACACACACUCAGAGCAGGUGGAUUACCUCAGUGUUGCUUAACACAUGGCUGAGUUGCAGCAUGCUUUGACAGAGGAGAGCUGAGGAGGAACAUUUGAAAACAAACACAAUGAAGGGGGUUCCGGCACUUACCAUUUGGCAGAAAUGUAUAUUAUUCUACCAAGGGAUCUUAAGAAAUGGAGACAAGAGGACAGACAGUUGGCUGCUGGUCUACUCGCCUGUGCCAAUCAGCUGCAUCUUCCUGUGCUACCUGGUCAUCAUAUGGGUGGGGCCGAAGCUGAUGGAGAAGAGGCAGCCGGUCAACCUCCAGCCCGUCCUGAUAGUUUACAACUUUGCCAUGGUCUGCCUGUCGGCGUACAUGUUCUAUGAGUUUACAGCCUCUUCCUGGUUGGCCAGAUACAGUCUGCUGUGCCAGCCGGUCGACUACAGUGACAGCCCACUGGCCACAAGGAUGGCCAGCGUGUGCUGGUUGUUCUACUUCUCCAAAGUGAUGGAGCUCAGUGACACAAUAUUUUUCAUCCUGAGGAAGAAGAACAAUCAGCUGACCUUCCUCCACGUCUAUCAUCACGCCACCAUGAUCUUCAACUCGUGGGCUGGGGUGAAAUAUGUGGCUGGUGGCCAGUCUUUCCUGAUUGGCCUGAUCAACUCCCUGGUCCAUGUGGUGAUGUACCUGUACUACGGCCUGGCAGCUUUGGGCCCGAGCGUGUCCAAAUACCUCUGGUGGAAGCGCUACCUCACCUCCCUGCAGCUGCUCCAGUUUUUCAUCAUAACCUUCCACACCACCUACAACCUGUUUGCUGACUGUGACUUCCCUGACUCCAUGAACAUGGCUGUGCUUGCCUACUCUCUCAGCCUCAUCGCUCUCUUCACUAACUUCUACUACCACACUUACCUCGCCAAGAAGAAGACCAAGACGACAUAGGGUGUGAGAGAGAGGAGACUGUAUUACAGAGAAGAGAUCAAAUCAAUUGGAAACAGAACGUACAGAGAAAGAGAGAGGAGCGCUGAAAGAGCUGGUUUGUUAUGGAAAGAAUUCAUUCAUCGAUUGCAAAUAUGUAAAAAAUACAUCAACAUUAAAACUAUUUUCAUGUUUUAUUAAUAAUAUAUGUGCCUUAAACACACACUCAGUUUGGAACAUAUCAUUUAGCUGACGCUUUUAUCCAAAGCAACUGACAUUGCAUUAUAACCCAUGCACCACAUUAUGCCUGGCGAGCAAUUAGGGGUUCAUCUCUUGCUCAAGGACACUUCGGCCGCCGGGAUUCAAACCACCAACCCUGCAGCUCCCAGCGCAUCACACUACUUCAUGCACCACCAUCACCCUCAUAUCACUUAUGAGGGUCUUCCAUAAACAGCAGUCAUCAAUGGCUUCUGUUCAGUCCACAAACCCACUGAGCAGACACUACCAGCCCGUUCCAUCCCUCCCCAGCUGCUAAUGUACCAGAUUUGAGUCGCUUCUGUCUUCUCUUUCACCCAUUGGAUAGCAGGCACAGCCAAUCAUCUGCUGGCCACCAUUAACUCUGUAUCCAUCAGUUCCCUCCUCCCCUCCUUUUUCUUUUAGAUCAGGCCCCCCCCUCCCCAGCUUCUAGCAUUUAAUCCCUCUUACCAGCCCACAAUCCCCUGGUUCCAUCUGUCAUGAUGUAGAAGGAUAAUUGGCAGGCAGUGAUCUCAUCCACUCCCCCUUGUGGGCUGAGAUGAAGUCUGCUUCCUUUACACUGUAUGCCCCCCCCCCUCUUCACCAUCACUUAUUCCCAAUCUGUUCUAGAGCUGCAUAUCUGUAAUUUUCGACAUCUCAGGCAGUUCUGACGGUGCUCUGCUUUAUACCGAACGUCAUUAAAAGCACUGUGGAAUGACAAAAUCAGUCACUCAGAGAAGUCCUCUUGGAUACCAAUCAGCUCAAUGAGCAACUUGACACAUUUUAGGGGAAUCAACCAUUUACAUGUGGGUUUUCAAAAUAAUCUUAGAACACAGGAAAGGCCAGACCAGUGCUCUAAAAAGGAUACUAUAUCACUCAGCAAAAUGAAAUCCACUGUGACUAAGUAGAAGGUGGAGUUAUGUCAGUCAGAACAAUUGUGCUUUCAAAACCGGCCACAGAAUUGAAUCACAGACUCCUCAACUCCUGGAAACGCUACAUGGAUAUUUUUUCACAUUUGACAUUUUCUACAUUUUGAAAAAAGCACAGCUAACAAUACAAACAUUGACAGCGUGUCAUUAAUUCACUCCGACUCCAGGGUUCUUAUAUAUAUGACUCACUAGGAAUUCACUGGGGCCACAAUUAAAAAUGUAACACUUUUCCUGUUGACAAUUCAAAAAACAUAUGAACGGAGAAAAAAUCCCCUGUGACCAUUAAACCGGCAUUCUGUAUCGAGAUGCAGUUUGCAUCAAAGGAACACAAUUAUGCACAGUUAGGCAUGAUGAUCACAGAACUAAGACUAGUGGACCAAAUAUUAUGGUGUGCUGGGGCAUUUCCCCUCUUUCCUAUAUAUAAUAUGGAGUCUGGACCUGGUGGGGGUGUUGGCUGAUGAAGCUGAUGAAGAUAGGGAAGGUGUUGGAGGCAUGCGAAACAGCAGCAUAAACGUACUGAAGGUAGAGAGACAAUCAUUUUAAUAAGAGACAGCAGGUAGAUGAUGGGCUAAUUGUGCCAUUGGUUUAUUGUGCUUAUUGGAUAGAAGAGACCAGCUGAUCUGAAACACUAACGUCAUGUUUGACAGGGAGGAAAUAAUGAGUGACAAAAACCUGAGGGUCUGUGAAGGUCCGUGAGAAGCUUAAACACUGCAGUGUUGUUUAUGAUACCAUGGUGGCAAUAGUGGUAUCCUGUGUAUCCAUUGCUAUGGUUGAUACUACAGAUCACUAGUGGCGCUAUGGAGCAAUACCUGCAUGACCGGGGCCUUCCCAUACAUGGGACUUCUUCAAACCAUACACGUUCAACAGGUUCGCCAUGCCAUGCAUCAUCAAGACAGAUUUUUGCUAAUCAUCUUUAUCUGCAUAUGAGAAGCUCCUCUGAAAGAGUCACUGCAUGUGUGUCACUGAGUGCAAUCCACCAGCAUAUGGCAGUACUAAAAUAACACUCUUGUGUAGCAUUAUGAGCCAUAUUUUGCCGCUAGAAAGUACUUAAUCCGCUCUCCAUUUCAACACAAGUGUGUAGAAACUCGCACACACACAGACAGGCGGCUGAUUGCCAGAAGCCCAUUUAAAGAGUGAUGUCCCUCGGCCUGACGGCGGGCACAGCUCCAGGUUGAUUACUGCUGAGUGCCGCGCACCUCAGGCAUGAGCGACUCUCUGGCACGCCGUCACUUUGAUAAACUAAGGAUUCUGAAAAAACAUGGUGGGUUUCAUCUUGAGGUUUGAGUGAGUUACGGCGCCUUUGGAACAAUGCCAAGCUGGUUACAGGUGUCUCGUAAAUAUUAACGCGUCCCACUUGUCUGAUUGGCAUGUGUGGCCAUUAAAAAUAGUUUGACCAAAACAAGUGAUGCAGGAGCAAAUAUACUUUAUUAACGAGUCAGCCAUGAACGGGCUUAAAUGUGUUUCAUCAAUUCUUGUUUGUGAAUGACUCUUUGUCCGUCUCCUUGGUAACAGUGGUAGACGGUGUUUGGGCUGCGGUCAGCUAAAGGCACACUGUAAUUAAUAAUCAGGUUAGGGGGAGAGGAUAUUGAAGCGCUCUCGGAGCCUCUGCGGCUAAACUUCCUGGCUAGUGAGAGGAACGGGGAUACACACUCACACACACUGACACACACAGGCAUAAUUGUUGAUGGUGAGAGAGCUUUGGGAAUAAGAGGCUGCUGAGUGUGCUUGAAGGUGAGCCACUGGGUUGUUUCGUACAAUGAGGGUUAACAAGAGGCUGCAGCAAUCUCCCCGUGAUGGGAGCGCACUCAACCAGCAGGCGGGCUAGUGUUAAUCAACCAACCAACCAGCAAGUAGCUCCUUGUCAAGUGCGUACAUGUCAAACGUGAAAGUACGGGCCAACACAGACUCCCUUUCCGUUUUUAGUACCACAUUUGUUCGCAAACAUCAUUCUAUCUAUCUAUCUGUCACCCAGUCAUCACAUUGUGUUAGUGCAUAUGUGUGCAUCCAUGCGUUUCUUUUGUUUUCAACGAGAGGAGGCCCAUCUGGUCGGGACAUUGUCCCCAUUUAUUGACAAUGGGAUGAACCCAGUGCCACCUGUAUCUGUGUUAUCAAAGUUAUAUGGGGGAUGUGCCAUUUGUCUUGACAGGCGUGAUUUAUGGCUUUUAUUGUUUGCUGAGGGUCAGACCGUCUCAGACAGAGACAGAAAGAGAUGUGCUCCAGCGGGGCUCAGGCCCACAGGGUAUUACCUCAUUUCAUUUAUAUUUGCAUGAACCCAAUUCUGCGAAGGUGCCACGUUAGCCCAAAUUGAUUCCUCAAAAGGCUCUUAUAUUUUAGCCGAGGGGUGGCAUCGCCAAUCGGUAUGUUGUUCAACACCAUUGGUACAGAUUUUUUAAAAACUUUUUAACGUGGCAUUAAAUGGUUUGUGAUGCACAGUUAUCUGCUACCCAGAGCAAAAAGAGGGUAUUUAGGGCAGUGUUGAUCAGUCUUCUGUGUCAUUACAAUUCACACAAACAUCCCAAAUCUCUCACUGGUACUUGAGGUUGCUGAUAGGAUGGAUUACUCAACGAGUCAAAGGGCACAGGCCCAGAGCCCUAACAUGUCAGUGCUUCCUGUGGCCUUUGUAAUAUGUGACUAAAAGAUUCCUGCUGAAAGGGACUUUAAAUUAUCACAAAAAAACAAUAACUGAUUGCAACAAGAUGCAAAUUGUUCCCUAAUCCGGCCACAACCGCUGAUACAGUACAGUAAGAAUCAGAUUUUAUUGUUCAUCACAAUAUCACAAUGUCCACAGUAUAAAACCUCUAGGCCAUUUCCUGUGUCCUUAUCUUCAUUUGUGUCAAUUCUUGUGUACUUUCUUUGUCAGUGUGUUUCCAGCAGGGCGAGUCUCCGAUGCGCCGUUUAGCAACAUAACAAGAGUGACCACAGCAGUGUCCUUCCAAGAAGACCCGACCCGAACUCGCUAGAGGUAGAACAUCUGGACCCAGAUCAGCCUGAGCUCACAGUCAGACAGCGGACCGGCGUGAAAGGGAAGCCGCACACAUGGCGCUUCUGUAGAGAUUUCUUCACCUGGGAUGUUUAGCUAGCUAGUUAGCUACAUGCUAACGCCGUAUAUUCACGCACAGCGCACAUGACCUUGUUGUGUUAAAGUUAACAUCGCCACCCAGCUGUGACGCACACAGUACCACGGACAGUCGGACACACAACCAGGACGAGGUACAUUUUAUCCAAAAUAAUGAAUUGUUUGUUUAACACGAAAAGUUUUGUGGGGGCUUUUAAUUUGAUCUUUCCUCAACACACCGAUCGGGUGUUUUCCCAACAAAACUGGGUUCAUAGGGGCAUCUCAGGAUAUACAUGUUCUAAUAGAUUUCAUAUAAAUAUAUUUAUAUUGUAAUAUAUUUAUCCUUUUAUAUCAUAUAUUAUAUGAUAUUUCUAUUGGAUAUUUAUAAUAGCAGAGGUGUGGACUCGAGUCAUGUGACUUGGACUCGAGUCAGACUCGAGUCAUGAAUUUGAUGACUUCAGACUCGACUCGACAAAACGUACAAAGACUUGCAACUCGACUUGGACUUUAACAUCGAUGACUCGUGACUUCACUUGGACUCGAGCCUUUUGACUCGAGAAGACUUGCUACUUCCCAUGAAAACUGGGGGAAAACAUUUUCACACGGCCGCGCCGCUCUGUUUAUCUGCAUCUGUCAAAAAAAUGUGCGCCACCUGUAUGCAGAGAGCGCUGCCUGCACGACAUCCAAUCACUGCAGUCCAUUUGACCGUAUCAACGAGACAGCUCGUUCAUGGUUACAAAAAUCGGGAUUUUUGAACCCGGAUUCAGACUCCGAUGGAAAUCCUCGCCAACAUUAUGUCAACGUCCGUUUUAAAGUACUAUAACACAGUCACAGUCGAUCCACCAUUACCCUUCCCUUCGUAGUCUAGGUCUGUGAGGCAGCGCACCAUCACCCAGGGUUCCCCGUCCCCACUAUAAUAAGAGGACUUGAAAUGACUCAAAACUAAAAUGGUAAGACUUGGGACUUGCCUCAUCUUUGACUCGACUUGACUCGGGACUCGAGGGCAACGACUUGAGACUUACUUGUGACUUGCAUAACAAUUACUUUGUCCCACCCCUGUAUAAUAGUAAUGGUAGUUAUAUAAUAUUCUGAAUUAUACUGAAUUAUACUGAAUUGUUUGAAUAAAAUGUCCUUAUUCCUUAUUACUGAAACUGAUUGGCUGGCUCCACCAAAAAAAAUAAUCCACCAGCCGCCACUGGGUCCCAUCUAUAACCAGGUUAAACAAUAACAACAAUGCAUUCUAGAGCCUCUAACCUCAUAGAGGUAAGAACCUUAAUUACCUCAUAGAGGUAAGAACUUAAAUUGCAUAGACUCAUGCAAUGAAAAUUCCAGUGUCUCAUUGACUAGAGAGAUCGACGUUUGAAAAAAAAAUACUUCUAUUCCUGCAAAGUAUUAAGGUUUGUAUUUUGAAUAAGAUCCCAUUGCACAAAAUAAUAUAUAGCCAACAAGAUGCAGAUAAAAACACACUACUAUACACUUGAAGGUAAGUAUGACAACUGACGGAAUGACAGUGUUAUUCACAGACCUUCUUGUUGUCAAAACACAGACCUGUUCGAGGUCAGGAUGGAGGAGACAUCAGACCCGUCAAGGACACAGAGAAAUGACAAUAGGGACAAAAGGGAGUGGAAAAAGAAGACACGACUCUACAGGUGGUGUCGUUCUUCUAACCUCAAUGCAGAGAGGCUUUUUAAUGUUUGAUUCUUAAUUGAAAGAAAUACCCAUUUUCCAUCUUUAUUUAUCUGUGCAGGAGUAAAUGUAAAGUCAUGUGUUCAGCACAUGGACGGUAUGAAAGACACACCUCUUUAGACUCUACCUCGACUAAAACACUAGCAAACCGUAGCACUAACAAAUGGUAGCACUUAAAUUGUACUUAUAAUGGCCCUUUUUCAAAACAUGUUUUGAAACUGCUUAUUUGACGAAAUUGUACUUUCUUGUUACUUGUUGUUCUGAGUUUGUAUCUCUAUGUUGAAAUGCACUUAUUGUAAGUCGCUUUGGAUAAAAGCGUCAGCUAAAUGUAAUGUAAAAAGUAGUGGAAUUAGCCGCACACAUUACUCCAAAUGAGACCAUGGAUUUCUAACGGAAGUUGUUUUCUCUUAAAGAAGACUUGAAGCUGGCGUUUGAGACCAUGUCACGUAUAGAUAUCAAAUACAUUCUUUGUUUUUUAUCCUGGCUAGCUUCAGUCCUAUUAGCUCCUGUGUCUUUCUCCCAGGGUGCCUUUCUUUUCUAUGGUGGGAACUCAGCAUCACUAGAUCUGGCCGAUUCAAUUAGGAUUCUAUCAGUCAGUAAUGCUUUACUGUCUCUCUGGUACGUUAUGUAGAUAAUAGCACAAAGCUAACAAAAACUAUGGCAUAUUCUGUUGGCUGGCUGACUCUCGUGUACUAGAAAACCUCUUUGUCCUCUGCUCAGCCGGGUGUACGCCUUCACACUAUUUUAAGCACCAAGGUAUCUCCAUCCUUUGCUCUACUUGCCUUUCAUCUACUCUGCUGGUCUCUCAUCACUUCCCUCUGCUUCACUCCUCCCCUGCUUUCUUCCCUCCAUCCUUCCCUCUCAUCUCCUUUCACCUCCUCCUCCUCCCCUCCUGCCAAUUGCCCCUCCUCUCGCCCCCUCUUCACCCUCUGAUGAUUGCCGAGCACAUUUCAUCUGACACGAAGACAAAGGGUUGGGUACACAUGUGGUUUCUCUGUGAGUCCCGUGUAAUAUGAAAUAUUAAUGUGGGCAUAAUUUGGCUCUCUGGAAAAGGUGGGGAGAGGGGGGUGGGGGGCUUUCUAAUCACCAGUGACUGCCGCUUCCUUCCCCCAGAGGAUGGUGAGGCUGUCAGGAUGGAUUGAGGAACAGUAAAGAUAACAACAACAGAAUGCUUACUGUUGGCGGCUAUGGCCUAUUUCUGUCUGGGUGUUUAAUGGUGAUGUUGGCUCACUGCCCGGGUUACUGAGGCAGCUUCACUGUCAGCCUCUUCAAAAUAAAGGUGCCACGCUCGGCACUUUUCAACCGUCAAUGGUCAUGGUCAAAUUUGUUGUGAUUGACUGGUACAAUAACCAUAAACAAUUGGUAGGCUCUUUUGCACACCAGUGGGUUUUUUCAUCUAAAAAUGAACCAUUGAGCGAUUUGCUGCAAAGAAAAAACUUGUUCCUUAAGUUUUCAGUCUCUUGGAUGAUUACACACGACUGAUAUGAGAGAGAAUCAACAGCAAGUAACAAUGACUACAUUUCACUUUGAUGCUACUCCUACCCCAUUACUUUUUUCUUGUCUUAAUCACCUGGUGAAGUGUCAUGACGAUAUCUACAAGUUUUUCGCUUUAUCCCACCACCAUAUUUCAAAACGUAUGGAAUUAUGUAUCACACAUUGGCCAUUUUCUCAAAAUAACUUUUUUCUCAGACUCAGUGCCUGAAGUCUCGGCUUCGUUAUCUCCAGGUAGUGCCCCCCCCCCCCCAGUAUUUAUCAGAAUUGAUAACUGAGAUAUCAUAAAUUCCACUGGUAAAUACUUUCAACUCUGGAAAGUCAACAAAAAUGAAACAACUACUUUGAACCUGACCGUCUCAUUUCCAAAUGUCUCUCAUUUUAAGACCAGCAGGAAAAGUUUGGUGUUUUCUAUUAGUUGGAUUUCAAUGAACCGUUUCACGAGCGGAAUGCGCUUCAAACACCACUUUAAGAUGAACACGUUGACUCAAGGGAGCGUGUUUCCAAAAUAUUCAUUCAACCCCACUAGUUGAACAAGGGCCCACUUUCUCUUUUAGUGACCCAUUUAAGGAAUUACAACACAGCCGAUCAGAUCAGGGGAGGCAGUGUGUCUAAAGCCACAUUUUCCACACCUUUUCCCAAGUAUUGCACAAAACUUUAGCAUCAAAGACACACACUUCAUUCCCAUGGAACCAGCCUUAUUGCUAUCUAUACGCACACACUUCAUGCUCAGUGACUCCAGCUCACACACACAGACAAGGUCACAACAUGUCCCAUUCACAUGUUUAUUUCUCUAUAUAUCAUUUUACACUCAAUCUUUCUUUCUCACACGCACGCACGCACGCACACACACACACACACACACACACACACACACACACACACACACGCACGCACACACACACCCACAUGGGCUACAGUUGCAUCAGUGAAUUACCAUGGCGUUCCGCGUUAUUAAACAUGACACUCGGCCCAGAUAAUGGAGCCUUUCUUCAUCUCAAUUUGGAAGGCUAAUCUUAUUGCUUUGAUUAGCAGCAGCUUCAUUUGCAUAUCAAGGCCUCCGCGCCUUUAAUUCCUCCAUCUCAAAUCCCCUCUCUAUAGCCGUAGAUAAAAGGAAUCUAUCUAUAUGUAUCUUUCUUUAGAAUCUUUUCUUCCUCACCCCCCCUCUUUUGUUCUACAUUAACUCCUUGUUCAUUUGUUCGUAUUCUUUUUUUUCCACAUCUUUUAUUUUGAUUUUAUUCACAGUGAUAAUCGGCGCAGCUCGGUUGCCUUCAUUUCUCCUUGUUUUCAAAAGCAGAAAGGCGAGAGUGAAGCAUGAGUUCAUGCAAACAAGGUCGGGUUUAAGGAGGCGAUGGCCGGCAUCCUGGUUACUUAUUGUCAGGUGGGAUUUCACACAAAAGUUUGAUUAUAGCCUACCAUUAAAGUGUAAUAACAAGUUUACAGCAUCAACAAUAAACUUCAACGACUGCACUUUGUCCAUCAUUCAUUCAGCUCUGAACGGCCCCAUUUGGUUUGACCUUGAGACAAACAAAAUUCUGAGGGAUCAGAUUGAUUUUUAUUUUUCAUUAAGUGAGAACCAAUUCCAGCCCAAUGCUGGUUUUCAAUACCCACUGUUGGUAUUCAUUGAGAUUGGCCUGAAGAUAUAACCGUUAGUUCUGGUAACUUUCUACUCACAUGACUCCCACUGACACUUCGUUUGUUUGUUUGUCUGAUGCAGCGUCUCUAUUUGGGAGUGCAACUGAUUCAGAAGGAUAUAUAAAUGUUAGGGCCGGGACUUUAGCGCGUUAAUUGCGAUUAAUUCAUUACAAUAUGAAUUAAUAUUAAUUAAUUACACAUAAAAAUAACGCAUUACACAUUUUUUACGCAUUUUUACACUUUUUUUUGCACCGCGGAACGUUUCUCACUGGAUGAGUUUCGGGGGGACCGAUUAUACUGGAGCACCAACUAGCGUUCAUGACUUCAGACAACAACAAACCACAGUGAACAUGAACGAAGACGCUGACGAGACCGUGUCGGGUGGCUCCGUGAAUGGGAAAUCUUAUUAUAAUAAACACACGGAUGGAAGCGUCGAUAAGAGCGUGGUUGUGUGAAAGCUACGCAACAAGGAAUUCACAUCGAGCCUCAAGAAUCACCUUAACGCAAAACAAUUAGCAGCUAGCGUGGAUGUUAGCCCCACUCCGGGUACAAGGACCAACA